AUGGCCCCGCCCAGGAAUGAACGCGUUUUUGAGCCCAAUGCCUCCAUCGUGCUCGUCGGCUGCCGGGGGGCUGGCAAGCGUACCCUGGGUUUCAUGGGCGCUCUCCACCUCCGGCGGCGCUUGGUGACCGAGGACCACUAUUUUGAAAAGAUCACAGGGUUAUCCCGCGGCCAGUAUUUGGCCAGGCACGGCAGGGACCACUUCGCCCGCCAGAACAUCGAGGUGUUCAAACGCAUGCUGGACACAAACCGGUCCGGGUGCAUCAUCGAGUGUGGCAUGAGCAGCUUUAGCGAGGAGGCUCAGGAUGCCUUACGUGAGUACUCGAGGACAAACCCCGUGGUGUACAUCCACCGUGAGAAAGAGCAGAUCGCCCGCCUGAUGGACCCGGGGGACGCCCAGCAACUGUUGGAGGCCGACAGCAAGCAUAGGAACUGUUCCAAUUUCGAAUAUUAUAAUCCUCUACGACUCCUUCCACUCCUCCCCCUACAUCGGGGACCACCUUCAGGGACGAGCACACCGAUGAAUGGCCUGCAACCUGGGCCCUCAAAACUCUUAUCCGUACAGGAAGGCUUUGCCAAAUUCCUCGACAUCAUCACAGGGCGCGGUGCUACCAAGGCGUGGUUAGAAAGCCCCUUCUCCGUCGCUGCGGUACCCCCGGAAUUCCGCUCCUAUUCAUACUCGCUGCGGCUCCGAUUAUCCUAUCUUAUGGACAUGGAUCUAGAAUGGGAGGAUUUCGAGGCGAGGGGCGACUGCGUCGAGCUUAUUAUCGACCAUUGGCCCGACGACCUCCUGAACGUUGUCGCACGACAGGUAGCUUUGAUUAGGAGGAAACUGGGCGUCCCAAUUAUCUACCACGUUGAGGAAAACCCCCGUGGAGAGCGCCGAAAGGCCUCCAGACGAGAAAGAUGCAAUGGAUGCGGAGCUGCUCGAGUUAGCCUUGGUGAGCCGAGCCAUGCGGCGCCGGGGCAGAUUCCAAGGUCAUCGGCAACUAUUGGUACAUGGGGCUUGGGGCGCUCCCCUUGGCAGGACGAGCAGCAGAUGGUCAACUACCGGCGCGCCCAAGCCCUCGGGUGCGACGUUGUCCGGAUGGUGCGUUUCUGCGCCAACGACAGCCCGGUCGAGUAUCUCGAUCACUUCAAGAAGCGCCUCAACAACGCCAUUCCCGACCCCAAGCCCCCACAUCGUCGCCUACGACUUCUCCGUCCUCGGCGUGCGUACCCCAUUGCAAACUCGCAUACUUGGUCCGGUAAAGCACCCGGACAUGGAGAACGAGCGUGA